UGCACUGCACUGGGAGUCGGUGGGUAUCUUUUCUCUUUCCCCUCUAUUUUAACUUCCUUUAUGGCUGCGCCCCUAUCACCAGCAUCCAGCUCAGGGAGUGGGAGGGGAUCCAUGUGAGCUCGUAAUCUUGCAAGAGCAACUUGAAGGAAACCUAGGACACAGUUGCAGUAGUAGUUGUCUUCUCUAAGGGGGCCCUGAAAUAACAUGGACCGUAUGUACUAAGGGCCCCCAGGCCAACAAACUGAAUUAAAGACACAAGCACAAACCGCACCAUGGUGGCUGAGGAGGUUAUCAUCACCCUAUCCGGAGGAGCACCAUGGGGCUUCAGACUACAGGGAGGAAUCGAGCACCAGAAGCCUCUGCAGGUUGCCAAGGUGCGCAAGCGAAGUAAAGCAUGUCGUGCCGGUCUGCGUGAGGGAGAUGAGCUGGUAUCCAUCAAUGAGAAUUCCUGUGGGAGUCUGUCGCAUGCCCAGGCCAUGAACCUGAUCGACAGCAUGCCAGGAACACUACACAUUCGGGUUAGGAGGACACCGGCUGGCUUCCAGUCGGUGGUUCUGGUUGCUCGAGCUCCUUCUCCCCGCAUUGAUAAAGAGUACCGUGCUGCCAUUAGGGCCAUGUCUCCAUCCAGCUCCCGACCUCACCAGUCCAGUGUGCGGCAGAUCCACCGCGGAUCCAUGAUGUCCCCGACCGGACGCAGUGGAUUGACCUCUCCACCGGGCAGUGAGGCCUACUACGGAGAAACAGACAGCGAUGCAGACGUGGCUGCUCAUGAGAGGCAACGUAAACCAAAACGACGUAGUCCCAGCAAUUCACCUGGCAAAGCAGGUCGAGCUUCACCAGAAGGAGCAGAGACUUCAGAAAUGAGUGGGUAUGACAGUGCCUCAGAUGCCCAAGUUUACAAUCUUCUGGGGCCUAAAGAAAGAGAGGAUGCAUUGCCUGGUGUAGCUCGCAGAGAAGUAAUCUACCAACCCCUUCCGCAUGGAGCCUGGUCCUCUCAGACCUCCAUCGAGACCUCAUCCAUGAGCGCGGAUGACCAAAACCCACGAGAAGGGUUAAUGGAAGAGGACAGUGGGUUCCAGGAGCCCACAAACGUUCCCCCACUGGUUUCUCCAGAGAGAGCCAAAGAAGCUCUUAUGUUGAGCUCUCGUACUCAGCUGGUACCCAUGGUUGGGCCAGUUGACAAUCCAGUGGAUGAGGAACUCACAUUAACAUACAUGGAUAAAGCAAAACAAGCAAAAUUGAACCGCGGAGAUACAAUCACGGACAAACAGGUGAAAGAAGCUCGGUCCAAGUGCCGCACCAUUGCCUCACUACUGACAGAUGCACCAAACCCUCAUUCAAAGGGUGUUCUGAUGUUUAAAAAGCGCAGACAGCGCUCCAAGAAAUACACACUGACAAGCUUUGGAAGUGUUGAUGAGGACAUGAGGCAGGACUCUCAAGAAGAGGAUGGCAUAUUUCCUGGCAGUGAAUCAGAAUUUGAUGAGGAAGGAUUUUCUGCUGCACCCGACCCCACAUGGGACAGUGACUACCUUGAGAUGCUGGAGAAAAGAUCUGCUUCCAGAGGUCAGGAGGGAGAGGGUGGUGCUCUCAGUCCUGGUCUGAGUGAUACAUCUGGGAAGGGAGCACAGUUGUUUGAGCAGCAGCGGAGAAGGGCUGAGGAACAUGCAAAGAAAAUGGAAGCUGCACAAGAACAUUUACAAAGCCAAAUGCUGAGCAUUGCCCUGAAAGAGACAGCAGCACCUCCUCAACUACAGACACCGCAAUUCCAACCAGAAUCAUUGACAAAAACUAAUAUCCAGCCACCACCAGUUGCUCCAAAACCUGCCAGACCUUCAAAAACUUUACAUCAUGAGGUUCCACCAUCAGACACGCAAAAUAUGACAAAGAUGGCCACAACUCAAGCCACUUCCACUGUUCCUGUUAUGGUUAAUGGAGACACUUCAAGCCCAGUAGCACCAGCUUCUGCCAUGUUGCCCAUAACUAGUCUCUCAGCACCUUUUGCAGAAACUAUGAUGCCUCCACAACCAACUCCUUUACCAGAACUUCCUUCCAGCUCUGUGUUAAACAGAACUGCCCGACCUUUUGCCCCAGGCUGUGUUACCAAUCGUGCAGCCACUGCUCCUGUUGUGUUUCGGCCUACAGUCAGUAAGAAGACACCCAGACCUGUUUCAGUGGCUGUGGUUGCACAUCCAUUCUCUGCACCAUCAGAAGAGCAUGCCAUGGGUGUCAACCCAGCCUCCUUUGUUAGCCAAGUCACAAUGGGUCAAAUGAGUGCCGAUGUUCCUCCUGAAAUGAUAUUCACACAGACCUUUAUGCCUGGAAAGUCUGUUCCUCCUGUUUCUGUGGAAUCAUAUUCUCAGCCUGCUCUUCACUGCUCGUCAGUAGAAAACAUCCAGGCUUCAUCAGUGCCACCUUCUAUAGUUCAAACCCAAGGACAUACUUUUUCUGUUGAAGCCGAAACAACUGUUCCUCCAGAAAUCCCUGUUGACCACACAGUGACCGCUGUGGCUCCUGUCAUGGCUCCUGUUACUCCUCAGGCCAUUGCAAUACCAUCCCAAAGCUCUUCUGUUUUGACCUCUGCAGCUUCCGAGACCUCUUUAACUGGAACUCCGGUGUCACCUGUAGUCUAUCGUGAAAAAUCCUCUGCCUCCACUGGCCGCACCGGUAUUCUCGUAGACGCCCGCCGCCGUAGUGCCUACAAGCCAAUGUUUAAGAUACCUGACAACAAGAAAAACUCACCAAACCCGGAAUUAUUGUCUAUGGUGCAGAACCUAGAUGAAAGACCCAGUCAUGGAUAUUAUGAACCGGAGAACAUAACUCACAGCAUUGAGGACAAUAGGGCAAGGGUGCCACCGCCUGUGGCUCCUAAGCCAAGGGUCAUCCCAGAAAUGUCACAGAUCCCUCAGGCAGAGGGAAAGGGUGCAGAGCUGUUCGCUCGUAGACAGAGUCGCAUGGAUUUGUUUGUUGUAGACUCUCCACAUAUACAAACCACUCCUCUACAACACCAACAAUCCCAAUCAGUCAUAGACUUGCUGGAACCACAAAAAACCUUGCCUACCCCAUCCCACUGGAAGUAUUCCCCUAAUGUUCGUGCUCCUCCACCGAUAGGUUACAACCCCUUGUUGUCUCCAUCCUGUCCUGUCGGGGUGCAGCGUGGGGGGGCCAAAGUGUCUGAAGGAAGUUCUAAAGGAAGUAAAGGUAGUUAUGGUGUCCCAAAAGAAGGUAUUAAAGCUUUGGACUUUAUGAGGAGGCAGCCUUACCAACUGAACCCUGCAAUGUUCAGUUUUAGUGGUAGCACUAGCACACCAUCUUUAGUGUCCUCCUACCAGAGGCAACAAAGGGAAGGCCACACUUUGACACCACCCAAGCAGAUCCCAGUAAAGGCAGCACGUGUGUAUGAAAUCAAACGAUUCUCCACCCCCACCCCGAUGUCAGCACCAACUCUCAACCCCACAGUGAUUGUACCACGUUCACGGACCACACUUGGUGAGCACAUCUCUCGUUCUGACAUGACAUCCCCUCUACCUGAACCUGUACCUGAAUCAAUUCCGCCACCUUCACGAGCCCCAGGCCUCCCAGAGCUCCCUAAAAUAUCAACUGUGCCCAUCUCUCACCCCAUGCCAUACUCACCCCCAGCUCCCAUGUCAAGCAUGUCAAGCCUAAGCUACUCUGGACUUCAAGCUGCCAAACAGUUUAAAAGUGCCCCUGAGUUAAGUUCCCUACCACAAGACCCUUUAAAGUCUCCUAUCCAAGUUCCCAAACCCCGUUUUAUUGCAACACGUGUGGGUAUUCAGCCCCGGGUCUGGAGACCUGGAACCCUUCCUCAAUGAUGAUGUUACUCUACAUGUGGAAGAAGCUGAACCAUCUGCUUCUGUUGCAGUCUCAUUCUAAUUCAUACAAAUAUGAUUUAAUAUAACUUGAAUAUGCAAAGAAAUUAUAUUCUCUAUUUCAGAUGAAAAUAUACUGUGGAAUAUAUUUAUUGUCUUGUUUUGAAAGUGUUUUUCCACUUUCAAAAAAAAUCCUAAAUUUAUUCUAAAUGUUCAACAAUAUGUUUAAAACCUUCAGUGUUGUUAACAUGAAAUCUAUUUACUUAAUGCAUGAUCCUGUUCUUGUGAACAAUUUAUAUAUGCUAUUCCAAAGAAAAACAUUGUUUGGCUUUGUCAACAUCAAUCAAAGUGUAGCUUGCAUUUCCUCUGAAAUGGCUCUGCCUUUUCACUUAGAUGAUGUUAACCAAUAGCCAAAUAACUACUUGGGCAUUGUUUUAGCAAAUUUACAUUCGGUCUGGCUGCCCAGGGUUUUUUUAUCCAAUAAGUUCCUAAUGAAUAACAACAAGAUGUAUUAUACAUUGAUUUGUUUAUUUUAUUCAUGUUUUUUUUCUUAUUGCUUAUCUUGUUUCAAACACUUAAAAAGAGUUGCAAAUGCCAAAUCAUUUGUCAAUUCGCGUGUUCUCAAAUUUUAUAGGAAUAAGAAAAAAAAUGUCACUAGAAAAAACAUUUCACGUGGACUGGUCUGAGGUUAUUUUGAAAUAUUUUUCCUCAGAUUUCUCCAUUGCGACUCACACAUACGUUUUUUUGGAACCUUGCGUGUAGCUGCUUUGUGGAUCUUGGGUGUAAACUUUGAGCUACUUGCCAUAUGAAAGCAUGGGAAAAAUACCCAAGAAAAAAAAAAACAAGCUGAGGCUUUGUUUUGAUGUAUGCUCUUAGGUCAAUCAGAAAUUAUAUAUCUCUUGGCAGAGCCUGCACUGAACAGGUGCACAAGGGUCACAGCCUAUUUGUAGGAGCAAAGUAAAUAGGGAACCAGGCUGGUUCCUUAAAAUGUGCUCUGACUAGACUUUUUAGUCCUUAUAUUUGACUAUUGAUAUAUUAAAGAGAUGAUAUUUAAUGAAAACUAAAGUUUUUAUUUUUAUGGAAACAUAUUUAAGUGGUCAAAUCAGUAAGUGUUGGAAAGGAACAGUGUUGGAAACAGUCCUAAAGAAAGGCUAUUUGUGCACGCAAAUCUGUUUCAAAGACAGCCGUGAAAAGUGCAAAGCUAGCACUGUUUAGGAUUAUAAGAAGGUUAAUUAGCCAACUGGCUUUACUGGAAUUAGUCAGAAUACUCAUAGCAACAUGAAAUAUUGGAAUGGCAUGUGUGGCAGUGAGGCUGAUGAUUUCGGGGAUGAGUGGUUUUCGAAUGUGUUCCCAAAGUCCUCAAAAUAUGACAAUGUCUUAAGAGAAAAAAAGGGCUUGAAGUAGUAAGGGAACAAUUGAUAGAGGUUUGAGGAAGGAAAAGAGUUUAUAUCAUUUUGAAUUAGAUAUACAGAGAGGAUGAAUAAACAAUGAUCGUAGUACUGGCAGGUGAGAAUAUUUCAUUUUUAAAAGAUCUCAUUAAAAAAAUGUAAAAAAAAUUUUUAGGUAUUGAAUAAGAAGUUGAUAUAGACUAGAUACAGUGUUUAAAAUCUGAGCCACGAUUUUGUUGUCUUUCCAGUUAGUGUCAGUCAUGUUUUAUUUUCUAGACUAAAUAUUUACAUUGUUCAGUGAUCUUAAUUUUGGCUGUACAAAUCAUUAGAUCAAUGUGUCUGUCUCAGUAAAAAUCAUAUUUGUGUUAAUAUGCUUCUUGUAAUUUUAUUCGAGCAACGCUUGUGAUGUGCUCAGCUGUAAUUUUAGGACCUAAGUAAUUUUAACUAAAAAGUGUCUUGUAUUUCUAAUACAAUGAAUAGUUUCAAUAAAACAUACCUGAAAUUUCA